CAGUUGUGUGUGAAACCCGGUUUGUCAAAUGGACCACGGGGAGAUGGUUCUCUCCGGCCAGGUCACGAUCGACGGCGCCGUAACUCAGGUGACGCUAACGACCGGCGGCCAGCUCCAGUGGCCCGGCCGCUGUCUGGUUAUAAAGAAGGAGGUCCUCGGCUUCUCCGUUGAAGGAUCACAGAUCAAAAUAAGGGCUAUUGUGGAAAGAGGAGCUGGAAUCUGCUGCGGCGGCUACCAGUCGCCUCUUCUCAGGAAAACAUUCACUUUCGAUUUCCAGUCCAUUUCUGAGGAAUCUCUCAGGCUUUGGAGCCAUAAACUCCAAGAAUUUUUAGAUUCUCUCGGCCGGCCAAAAAGAUUGUUUGUAUUUGUGAAUCCGUAUGGAGGAAAGAAAUCUGCCUCUAAGAUUUUUCAUGAUGAGGUAAAACCAUUCCUUGAGGAUGCAAAUAUUGAAUAUGAAGUGCAAGAAACAAAAUAUCAACUCCAUGCCAAAGAAGUUGUUCAUAGCUUGGAUCUUUCAAAGUAUGAUGGAAUUGUUUGUGUUAGCGGAGAUGGAAUUCUGGUUGAGGUAGUUAAUGGACUGCUUGAAAGGGAGGACUGGGAGACUGCAAUUAAGACAUCCCUUGGAGUUAUACCUGCAGGCACUGGAAAUGGCAUGGCCAAAUCUCUUCUGGAUUCAGUUGGAGAGCCUUGUACUGCUUCUAAUGCAACUCUUUCUAUUAUUCGAGGCCACAAAAGACUGCUAGAUGUAGCUACCAUUUCACAGGGGCAGACCAAGUUUUUCAGUGUAUUGAUGCUUGCUUGGGGACUUAUAGCUGACAUUGACAUUGAGUCUGAGAAAUACAGGUGGAUGGGCAGUGCUCGAAUCGAUUUUUAUGCUCUUCAACGGAUAGUCUUUCUUAGAAGGUAUAAUGGCUGUAUAAGGUUUCUGGCUGCACCUGGUUAUGAAGUUCACGGGGAGCCCAUCAAGCUACCGGAUGUUUGUUCGGGUGAUGGCCCUAAAAGUGGGUAUUGUGGGCCAACUGUCUAUCCACAUAAUUCAAACUGGAGGAAGAUUGAUGGACCUUUCAUCUCUGUUUGGCUCCACAAUGUACCCUGGGGUGCCGAACAUACAAUGGCUGCCCCUGAUGCCCAUUUUUCAGACGGCUAUUUAGACUUGGUGUUGAUUAAGGAUUGCCCGAAGCUAGCGCUGCUAUCAUUGUUGUCUGAAUUAAACAAUGGAGGCCAUGUUAAAUCCCCACACGUGUUGUACAUCAAGGUUAAGGCAUUUGUUUUGGAACCCGGUUCAGUAGUGGACGAUCCAUCCAAGGGCGGGAUCAUCGACGUGGAUGGUGAGGUUCUUGCUAGAGGUCGAAGAACAUACAAGUGUGAGAAGAAAACCUUAAUGGCUUAUGACAGGCUUCAUAUUGGUGUAGACCAAGGGUUGGCUUCUAUUUUCUCUCCUAUUUAGGAUCCUUUUUUGUGGUUAGUGGGUUUUCAUUAUUUUCCUCCAAAACUAUUAAAAACCUUACUUGAAUACAAUGAAUGUGAAUUACACUU